AUGUCAGCUCAAGCACCAGGAUUCACUACUGCACCUUCGGACAAAGAGACACCACAGCAAGAUCGCGGCCUGUUCCAUCACGAAGGCAAGAAGCAUGAGUGCCACCACUACGCACGCAUGUACGGUGGCCAAGCUAUGAACGCAGUCAUGUGGGGGUUCGGCGCAACCCUGGGCGCAGACGCUGCAAAUGCCAUGGUGGGAGACAUGAAGCAAUGGUGGAGACACUGA